AUGGCAGAGAGUGCUAUAUCUUAUUUGGUACAUCAGCUUUCAACCUUGCUCAAUAGUGGACAAAAAUUUCUUGAAGGAAUUCAACAAGAAAUUGUUCAUAUCAGGGAUGCAUUUGAGCAUAUGAGGACUUUCUCAAGAGUAGCUGAUGCAAAAGAAGAAGAAGAUGCUGAAUUACAAGUAUGGAUCAAACAAGUACAAGAACUUGCACAUGAUGUCCAAGACAUUCUUGAAAAACAUGUUGUUAUGUGCAACAAUUUUCAAGAAAAGGGAUCAUGGCCCUGGAAAAAACCCCAUCAUUCAUUAAUGUCUGAGAACUUCUUUGAAUCUCAAACUGAUAAUCUUUCAAUGUUAUUGGAAGGCAUCAAAGCCCGAAUCAUCGUCAUUUCUGAAGGACAUAAAGCAUUUCUUCAGAAAUAUGGUGUCACACUAAGUGCUGAGAAUAGAAACAUUACUACAUUGUGUAAUAACUAUGAAGAAGUAGUUCUGGUUGAUGAAUCAGAUCUUGUAGGAAUUGAAAAUCACAAACCAGUGAUUCUUGAUUGGUUACUUUCUGAUGAUCAAGAAUGGAAAUUGCAUUGUAUAGUUGGAACUAGAGGUAUAGGGAAAACCGCCAUAGUCAAGAAAGUAUAUGAUGAUGCAGCAGUGAAAAAGCAUUUCAAUCAUACACAGUGGAUUGAGAUUCCAAGGUUUUCUGAUGUUAAGGAGCUAAUGAAGAACAUGAUUACUCCAAAAAAUGACCAUAGCCGUCGAGCAAUUGAAGCAAUGGAUGCUAACAUGUUGGCAGAGUUAAUCCAACAAAUCUUUGAGUCAUCAAAGUACUUUAUUGUUCUUGAUGAUGUCCCUGAUAUUGCCACAUGGAGGGCUCUCAAAUGUAUCUUUCCUAUCGAAAACUGUGGCAGCAGGGUAAUCAUCAUAUUGCGUUUUGCUGAAAUAUGCCAUACCAUUUGUGCAGAAACUGGUGGUGAUAGUCAUGUUUAUAGUUUGAAGCCUUUGUCUGAAGAAGAAUCUUGGAUUCUUUUCUGCAGAAAGGCAUUUUCAGGCAGCCUAUUAUGCCCUUUAUCUCUAAUGCAAAUCUCCAAAGACAUUAUACAGACAUGCAGAGGCCUGCCACUGGCGAUUUUGGCGAUUGCUGGUGCUUUGGCUACUAAAGGGCAAAGAAAAGAGGAGUGGGAGUUGUUUCAUGGCAGCAUUGUUGACAAGUUACAAGGUAGUUAUAGCGAAGUCGAGCACAUGAAAAGGAUACUCAUUCUAUGUUAUCAAGACUUGCCUUUCUAUCUCAAGUCUUGUUUCACAUAUCUGAGCAUAAUUCCCGAAUUUCAUGUCAUCGAUAAGAUGAGACUGAUUCGACUGUGGGCAGCAGAAGGACUUGUCCUUGAAAGUGAAGGAAAGGCAAUUGCACAAGUUGCUGCAAGCUAUCUCAAUGAACUUGCUAACAGAAGUUUGAUCCAAAUUGCUGAAAGGUACUGUGAUGGAAGAUUAGAUUCAUUCACCAUUCAUAACUUGUGGUACGAAAUCAUUUUUUCCAAGUCAGCAGAAAGGGUAACUGCAACUAUAACUAAUAGUGAAGAAAUUACAAGAAAGCCUCACAAAGUCAGACAUCUAGUAAUCGCUGAUCCAUUGGCUAGCGAUAUACAAGAUAUUGAUCGGUUUAAGCAUCUUCACUCUCUAAUAACGCUGGGGUCGUCAGAUUCUGUCUCUAAUUCAUUCUUGUUGAAGCUGCUAACUGGAAGUUUUAAGCUACUCAAGGUCUUAGACCUAACAGGAGCCCCAUUGGUGAAAAUACCAGAAGAAGUCUUUGAAAUGUUUCAUCUCAAGUUUCUAAAUUUGAGGAAAACUAAGAUAAAACAUCUGCCAGGAUCAAUAGGAAAGCUUGAGAACCUCGAGUUCUUGGACCUAAGAGAGACAUUGGUAAAAAAGUUACCUGGUGAGAUACUAAAGCUUCAACAUCUUCGCCAUAUCUUCAUUCAUCGACGUGGUGCUGGAUUUUUGCAUGGUUUUAAAGCUCCUAAGAAGAUAGGAACCCUCGUGUCUUUGGAAAUGGUGAAUUCUAUAAACGCCACUUCAAGCACGGUGAUUGAAUUGGGCAAGUUAACAAGACUAAGAAUGUUAUACAUCGCAAAGCUGAGAAGAAAACAUGGAAGGGAGUUUUGUUCUUCCCUCAACAAGUUGAUAAAUCUUCAACAACUAUGUAUCUCAUCUUAUGGGGUGAGUGACAUUAUUGAUUUGCACUAUCCCCUUUCUUCUACACACUCAUCCCUUCGAACAUUAGUCUUCGAAGGGCGUUUAGAGAGGUUUCCACAAUGGGUAACUUCUCUUCAAGCCUUGACCUCAGUUCAUUUAAAAUGGAGCAAAUUAAUGGACAGUGCACUAGACACUCUUCAAGAUUUGCCAAAUCUUGUAAAACUGGUGCUAGACCGGGCCUAUGAAGGCGAACAACUGAGGUUCAAGGCAGUUGGAUUCAAGAAACUGAAGGAAUUAUGUAUUUGGCACUCUGAAAAACUGAGGCAAAUCAAAGUGGAAGAGGGUGCAAUGCCUUUACUUGAAGAACUUCAACUGCGCAACUGUAGAUUAAUGGAGCAGUUGCCCUUCGGGAUUGAGAAUUUGAGCAAGCUUCAGUAUCUUUCGCUGGAACAAAUUUCUGAGAAGUUGUUAGUGACUGUGCAACUUAAGGACAGUCAAAGUGGGGAUUACUGGAAAAUUGCUCAUAUUCCUAGACUUCACAUAGAAGCGUAG